UUUAGCAUUAACUAUUUAGCACUCGUUGGGUCUUUUAAGUUGGAAAAAAUAAAGAUGAAGGUUUUUGUCGUUUUUUUAUUGCUAAACGGUAGUGUUUUUACUGCAAAAUUACCAUCUUUUGUAACUCCGUGUAAAAGAAGCGAUGAAAAUUUAAUUGAGUGCGCCACAAACGAAGGAAGAAAAACUUUACCCCAAAUUUUAAAUGGCGUUCCCGAAUUAAAAUUGCCGAAUAUGAAGCCAUUAAAAUUACCGGAAGUCAAAUUGGAUGUUGGUAAAAAUCUAAAAAUUAAAUUAAACGAUCUUGAAAUUUUUGGAUUGGAGAAUAACGAUUUGAAAAUAUUCGACAUAAAUGUUAACGAACGCAAGAUUAACGUAAAAAUUGAAUUCUCUCGUUUAAAUAUUCUCUCUAAAUAUGAUAUAAACGGAAGGAUUCUAGUUUUGCCUAUAAUCGGGAAUGGACCAGCAAAUAUCACGUUUGUUGACCCAGAAUUUCAUUUUAAAUCCGAUUUAAUUACAACAACAAAGAAAUCGAAACAAUACUUAAAAAUGAUUAACCCAAAAAUAUCGUACACAUCAAAAAGGGAAUAUUACGUGUUAGAUAAUUUAUUUAACGGUGAUAAACGAUUAGGCGAUCAGAUGAAUAAGUUUUUGGAUGAAAAUUGGGACGAAGUUUCGAAAGAAAUUGGCCCGGCAGUUACGGAAGUGAUUAGCGCGAUCGUUCAAAUUAUAUCUAACGCGUUUUUCAACCGAAUCACUAUGGAUGAUCUUUUACCUAAAUAAAUUAAAGAAUAACGAAUUAAAAAUUUAUCAAAA